AUCCUCUCCAUCCACAUUUCUUUGUCUAUCCACUUUUGCGUUGUGUCGGUGUUGGAUCGCCAGCCAGCUGCAGAAGAAGGGCUCCUUCAGAUCUACAUAUUCACACGCACACGCACACUCGCAUAAGCAUUCGCUCAUUUGUGUUUGUGUCGUGUGUGAAUACAAUAGAGCGUAGAGGGGUCCUUUAUUUCGUCGAAUUCGGAGUUCUCCAUAUAUAACAUAUAUAUGUAUGUAUAGAGGGCGUUUAUGAUUGUUGCUUUUGCAGUUCUAUGAUUGUUGGCGGACAAGCAGCAGCAGCAAGAGGAAGAAGGGAGCGUUGUAUGACGGAUCGGAAGCGGACCAGGUGGGAUUUCUCCUUCGCCAUUAGAAGCCGCGGGAGAUGGGGGAAAUGUGGCUGAAUUUUUAUGUCGAGCCAAUGCAUUGAGAAUCUGUUUCUUUGAAUUUGCUGAUUUUGGGGGUGAUUGUUAAGAUCGUUGUUCGUUUGGUUUCUGAAUUUCACUGACAAUGCAGGCCGAUCACCGAAAGAAAGGUUCAGCCGAAAUGGACUUCUUUUCUGAAUAUGGUGAUGCAAGCAGAUAUAAAAUCCAGGAGGUCAUAGGGAAAGGAAGCUAUGGUGUUGUUUGCUCAGCCAUUGACACUCAUACUGGUGAAAAAGUAGCAAUAAAGAAAAUACACAACAUCUUUGAGCACAUUUCUGACGCUGCUCGAAUUCUUCGAGAGAUUAAACUUCUAAGGUUGCUACGACACCCAGAUAUUGUUGAAAUUAAACACAUCAUGUUUCCACCUUCAAGAAGAGAUUUCAAAGAUAUCUAUGUUGUUUUUGAGCUUAUGGAAUCAGACCUACAUCAAGUCAUUAAGGCUAAUGAUGACUUAACUCGGGAACAUCAUCAAUUUUUUCUUUAUCAAUUACUCCGAGCUCUUAAAUACAUCCACACAGCUAAUGUGUAUCAUCGGGAUUUAAAACCAAAGAACAUAUUGGCAAAUGCAAAUUGUAAACUGAAAAUAUGUGAUUUUGGAUUGGCUAGAGUUGCAUUUAAUGACACUCCUACAACCAUAUUCUGGACGGAUUAUGUGGCCACAAGAUGGUAUAGGGCUCCAGAGUUGUGUGGCUCAUUUUUCUCCAAGUAUACUCCAGCAAUCGACAUAUGGAGUAUUGGAUGCAUUUUUGCUGAGGUGUUAACAGGGAAGCCACUUUUUCCUGGAAAAAAUGUUGUUCACCAACUGGAUUUGAUAACUGAUGUUCUUGGAACACCUUCAAUGGAUACCAUUUCUCGGGUGCGAAAUGAGAAGGCCAGAAGAUAUCUUACGAGCAUGAGAAAGAAGCAGCCUAUUUCUUUUGCACAGAAAUUCCCAAAUGCUGAUCCCUUGGCACUUCGGCUCCUGCAAAGGCUGCUUGCAUUUGAUCCAAAAGACCGUCCCACUGCCGAGGAGGCAUUGGCUGAUCCCUACUUUAAGGGACUGUGCAGACCAGAGCGAGAACCAUCUUGCCAGCCAAUUUCAAAGAUGGAAUUUGAAUUUGAGAGGCGGAAAGUCACAAAGGAUGAUAUACGGGAGCUAAUAUUUCGUGAAGUUUUGGAGUAUCAUCCUCAGCUGCUGAAGGAUUACAUCAAUGGAGUCGAGAGAACUACUUUUCUCUAUCCUAGUGCCAUUGACCAGUUCAAAAAGCAAUUUGCUCAUUUAGAAGAAAAUGGAGGCAAAGGCAACCCUGCAAUUCCCCUUGAAAGAAAGCAUGCUUCUCUUCCCAGGUCGACCAUUGUACAUUCCAAUACAAUUCCCCCAAAGGAGCAGAUAAUGACUGCAAAUGCGAAGGAAUGGCAGAAUUUAGAAGAACCCUGCUUUAGGAAUUCAGAUGGCAUUUAUCCCACUUAUCCGCCGUCAAGAACAUCAUCAAGACCACAGCACCGAAUCUCUCAAGCAGCAGGAGUAGCAGCAGCUAAAUCCAACAAAGCUGUAGGCCCUGUUUUUUCGUACAACAAUACAUAUGCUGUCAGAGAACCAUACAUUCCCCAAACCCUUGUAAAAAGUACAGUCCUCUCCCCCCAGGUUAUGCCCCCAUCUCAUUGUUACCAGAGAAUUGUGCCGGUCAGGGCAUUGGAUGGAUCAGUUGCUGAGACAUACCGAGGGGACUUGCUGUCCUAUGCAACGAAGCAGCAGGUGCCAAUCAGCAAUGCAGUGAUAAAUGUAGAGGGGCAUCCAUUAUAUGUUGAUGAUAGAGUCGUUGUUGAUGCAAAUCUUGUGCGGGCAAAAGCUCAAUACCGAGGAAUGGGAGUGGGAAUGGAAAUUGGAAUGGGCAAGACUAUGAGCACAGCGGCAUCGGCAACAGCAACGGCAGCGACACACAGAAAUGGAUAUAGUGUUCAUCAUACCCAAUAUGGUAUGACGAGGAUGUAUUAAUUAGUAAGUGUGAAGGAUGUUGUUUAGUGUUGAGUGAUGUUGGACUUGUUGGACACCAUUGUAAAGCACGUGAUGAGAUGAUGUAUAGGAUUAAGAAUUACUCCUUUGAGUAUCUUCAAUAAUGUUCUAUUCACUUUAUAAGAAAUUGAAUGCAUAAAUUUCACAAUA